AUGAAACAAUGCAGAUCAGAACGCCGCAAAGCUUUGAAGUUGGAGCCGCCCGCGAUACGGCCUGCUCAUUCCUUCCCGAAUUUUACAAGGGAAAACGGACGCAAAAUGAGUAAUCUGCGUCUCCAGAAGCGUCUUGCCGCUUCUGUUAUGAAAUGCGGCAAGAACAAGAUUUGGCUCGAUCCUAAUGAGGUUAGCGAAAUCUCGAAUGCCAACUCGAGGCAGAACAUUCGACGUUUGAUAAAAGAUGGGCUCAUCAUCCGUAAGCCCGAAGUCGUGCACUCCCGCUACCGUGCUCGUUUGUACGAGGAGGCUCGCCGAAAGGGACGACACUCUGGUUAUGGUAAGAGACAUGGUACUAAGAACGCUCGUAUGCCCGAGAAAGUUCUUUGGAUGAGACGCAUGCGUGUGCUCCGCAACUUGUUGAAGCGAUACCGUGAGUCGAAGAAGAUCGACAGAACCCUCUACCACGAGCUCUACCUUCGUGCCAAGGGUAACAACUUCAAGAACAAGAAGCAUUUGAUGGAGUACAUUUUCCGAAAGAAGAGCGAGAACAAACGUGCUAAGCAACUUGCCGAUCAGGCUCAGGCCCGAAGAGACAAGAAUAAGGAGGCUCGUAAGAGAAGGGAAGAGCGACAACACGCCAAGAGAACCGAGCUCCUUCGCAAGAUUUCGGAAAGCGAAAAAAUGGCUGAACAGAAGUGA